AUGACCAGCAAAGCGGCACUAUUGAGGAGCGACCACUUCACGGAGCAGGCGGCCGACUCUCCAAUGACAAUGCAGAAAGCUAAAGAGGAAAUUAGACAAGUCGGCCGAUCGUUGACGUUUAAGGUCCGCCGUCCUUCCAAUCGACUUGACGUGACACUGAAACGCAAGAAGGAACGAUGCCAGAUAUUACCGCACUACAUCUCUUGGCCGCUCUUGUUGGCCAUCAGCACGGCAUGCGUCGCUCUCGUGACUUUCCAUUUGUGGUUCACGUGGCAUCUGCAGCGCAAGGUGGAAGUCCUGCAAUCGCGCGUAGAAUCUCUUUCGAACGUCGAGUUUGAAGAGUUACGUGUUCAACUCCGUAAUCUCUACGACCUUUACGACGGAAGCACUGAAAUGAAAAACGGCCAUUUAGGACAGCUGGCGUUUGUUGAAAGAAACCAGGAGGCCGACGAACCUGGAGAGAUUCUUCUUAUGGACCUCGGCGAUGUUGAUGGAGAGAAGUCAACAACCCUGUUGAAUGAUCUGGAAGGGAACCCCAUCGAGAAAGACAUAACAGUUUUCUCAUCCAUACACACUCCUUUAGCGUUGAGCGAAAUGACUCGGCUCGACAUGGGCGGUGACAGACAGCUGGCCAAAACGGGAAGAGUUGCCAAACUAGAACACGAUGUACAAGCCCAUGGCAGACAGAAGCGACAGGCUGAUUUGAGUUCGCACACCCAAGACGGCGUACCAAUUUUCGAUCGAGGAUACGGUGCUACUACGCCGAACCGCACCGAAGGGCUUCGCAUUUAUCAAUCACUGUUGGCUAACGGCGGCAAAAACCAGGCGAGAUCAUCCGAUCCUAGCGUGCAGGUGACUGAUACGGUGGCCCAACCGCCCCAUCGGGGAAACAAUUUCUGGCGCAAUAGGAAAGAGAAGCCACGUCAUCGCCACCGAACGAAACCAUCAACGAGAUCCCCGUUGGACGAUGACAUUGAGUUAAGCUCCAUCCCGGAAUUUGAUGCGGCCAACGGCCAAGAUCUAAGAUCGCCCGAGACAACGUCAUCGCCAUCCAAGAGUAGCGUCGCACCGAAUGUUGAAUUCCGCCACAGCAGGGUCAAAACGUCUUCAGACGGUGCGGGUCGUGACAGCGUCCCGCUGUCUGUUGAUCAGAACGUAUGGGCCACAUCACGUAGCAAUGGAAUUUUCGUUAUAGGCAAUGCGCCUUAUGCUGGUUCAGAAGACAGGAUUAGCGCUGCCACGGCUCCUGCUAUUUUAACAAAGACGGUUACAGCAUCAGUUGGACCUUCGGCGUCCAGUCAAUCUAGACUGCAGCCGAAUGUUUACAAGGUAAAUCAACCAGCUGUCAACUCGCGGGCCUCCGCGCAAGGCAAUAACGAAAACGGAGAGUUGGGUUCACGUGAUCCGCUUCCGUCUCCUCCGUCCAGUGGCAAAAAGAGGGUCAACAAAAAGCAGCUCCGUGAUCUCAGCCAUACGGCCACCGCUGUUCAUCUUGUGGCCGAUACGAGAAACUCGUCUUCAGCGAAUUUUGAGAAUCAAGUGGAAAUAGCUUCCAGGAAUGAACUCGGACUUCAUACAUCGUGGAAAAUAGCUCAAAGCAACUGGGAUUCCCCACUUAAAACAACUCCAUUAGUUAAAAUUGACGGCGCCAUACUAACCGUCAAACAGAGCGGAUUGUACUUCAUCUACGCACAGGUCCAUUAUCUCGACGAGCAUUCCACGAACGCUUACGAAGUCUUCGUCAACACGGAGCCUUUUCUUCGCUGCAUUACUUCGUCCUUCUCAGAAUCAUCAUUUCCUAAAGCUAAUACGUGUUACACGGCAGCUGCAACGCAGUUACGAGAAGGCGACAAGCUGUUUAUUCGCGAUAUUGAGCCGCUUCGCUAUUCAGUCUUACAGCCAAGUAAAACUUUCUUUGGACUCAUUCGAAUGGCUCCAAUUGCCGAUUUUUCGUAAACAGAAGAAACAUUUUUAAGCAAAAAAAAAAAAAAACCGUGCGUAUUCCCACGUUUCAAAACUAUAAAAAAAAAGAAAGAAUUCGUCGUCGUUUCAUUAUUUUCAAAACACGGCGAAGAAGGGAUUUAUUUUUAUUAUUUUUUUUGUUCCCUUUAUUUAUUCAUUUUCCCAACAUUUUAACUGGUAAUCCACAUUUAUUGUUAGACUUCGCAUAGAUGAAGAUAACAUUUAAAACACGCGGGUGGUCCUUUAUCAUUUUGGUCUUCCUAUAGAAAAACAGAGUACUGCAGCUGCUUCAAUGCAACCACGUUUUACAGUAAUCUUGAGCAUUUCAGAGAAAAAAGAGAACAAUUAAAGAGGCAUUUGGAAAUGUUGACAAUGCACCCAUAUGUUAUUAAAGGUAUAUUCUAGGAUGAUUUAUUAUUAAUAGUGCCGGAUCAAACAAUUUGAUCACGAUCGAGUAGUUUAGCAAGCGGCGAAUUCGGUAUCACGAUGCACAAUGUUUUUGCUUCUGGUUACCACCGUUGCACUUCAAUUCCUACCUUUUUUUUUGUUUUUCAUCAAUUUUCACACCUGUAUAUUUUGACUUUAUGCCUUUAUAUUACUUCCUGUAAUACAACUUCUUGAUUUA